AUGGUGUGAGAGCCGCUGGAGAGCAGAGCCCCAGCCUUCCCCGCGCUGAGACACUUCGACCAAAACAAACCUGGAAAACUACGCGGAGCGCCAUUCCUCGGGGUUUUUGUGGAGGGAAGAGCGGGAUUAAUCUAUUUUUUCCUCCACUCUUGUUUCUUUUUUUGUUUUUGUUUUUUAAUUUUUUGCUAACGGCGCGGAAAAGCCUCGACCCAGCGGUGAUGGACAUUAUGAUUGCCGUGCAGGAUGCGUGUGUCUCCGGUCAGUGGCUCACCGCUAUAAUUCUCAGUCUUUGCUGCUUUUUGCCUUCGUGCUUGCCCGCUGGCCAAACUGUGGACUAUGCUUCGAGUGAAAGUGUGGUCAGCAGACAAGGGGACACGGCGCUCCUGAGGUGCUACCUGUUGGAUGGGAUCUCAAAAGGAGCAUGGUUGAACCGUUCCAGUAUAAUAUUCGCAGGGAAUGACAAAUGGUCAGUGGAUCCUCGUGUGUCCAUCGUAUCAAAUAUGGGUGAUAAACAUGAAUACAGUCUACAAAUACAGAAAGUGGAUGUAACGGAUGAAGGCUUAUAUACCUGCUCUAUACAGAGUGAACGCAAUCCUCGGCCUAAAAUCAUUCACUUAAUCGUAAAAGUUCCUCCCAAAAUAUAUGACAUUUCAUCGGACAUCACAGUAAAUGAAGGCGGGAAUAUUUCACUCUUCUGUGCAGCCAGUGGCAAACCAGAGCCGAAAAUCACCUGGAGACACAUUACCCCAUCAGCCAAGAAGUUUGGGACUGGAGAGAAUUUGAACAUAACCGGUAUAACUCGGGAUGCGGCAGGGGACUACGAAUGUGGUGCCGAGAACGACAUCGCCUCUCCUGACACCAGGACUGUGAGAGUCACAGUCAACUUUCCGCCGUCCAUUCACGAGAUGAAGAGUCAUGGGGUCCGGCCUGGUUACACGGCGCUGCUGAGGUGCGAGGCAGCUGCUGUCCCAGCUCCAGUCUUUGAGUGGUACAAGGGGGAAAAGAGGCUUAGCAAGGGUCAAGCUGGCAUCGAAAUCAAGAACCUCAGCUCCAGAUCAGUCCUCACAGUGACCAACAUGACAGAGGAUCGCUAUGGCAACUACACCUGUGUGGCCGCCAACAGGUUGGGAACAGUCAACGCCAGUGUGCCUCUGAUUCUGAUUAUUGAACCUACCACAACUAGUGCUACAACUAGUGCUGUCUCAAGUCCAGCCCCCAACACGGCUCCGUAUGGAAGUACAGGAGGAGCCGAGGUCCUGCUGGCCUGCCCGUACCUGCUCCUGACGCUCUCCUCCCUGCUCUGCGUUUACUAGCCCUGCGGACAGCCAUACACAAUGACUGUAAAGAACCCUUUCGAGCAUUUGCAAAUCCUUUGACAUCGCCGGUGACUGGAUCCAAUCUGGUACUGUUUGUUUGGGAAGCAGCGAGGGAUUUUAAUCAGCAGUACUUAUGUUUUGGAUGGUUUUUUUUUAUUUUUGGUUUUGUUUAUUUUUUUUUCAUCCUGUGGAUUUUCCCAUCAUGUAAAUACAUACAAUUUAGGGUUUUUUCUUUUCCUCUCUCUCUUAUUUUAUUUUCUUGAUUGCCCACUUUGUAAAUCAGCUCACAUUGUCCUCUUUUGGAGAGCUUCAAAAUUAGCUGCAUUUUGUGGGAGGUAGGAGUGGGAACGGGCGACAUUAGAGGCUUUGUUGUUGGAAAUGGCCGAGAGGAUGCCCUAGUGUGCCACCUCCGUCAGAAUGCUGCUACAUCACACUUCCAAUUAGCUACAAUGGGAAUGCAGACUUUUAGGUCCCGAGGUUCGAGUAGCUGAUUUCAAUUCAGUUACAUUACACCAACAAUCAAAGCUUUGAAAAGGGAAGAUUUGAAAAUGCUGAAAUUGUCGCAGUUGUAUGGCGAAUGACAAACUAAAUCUGCUGACACAGAUUGGAGGGGUAGAGUAUUUCACUGAAUAAGAAUUGGGAUGUUUUGUGGACCAAAAUUACAGCCAUAAUUCAAUGAUUUAGCGCAUUAUGCUAUAGAGGCUCAUUUGCCCCACACAAUAAGAUGAGACAGCUCUGAAGAAAGUAGAGCAGUCUUAUUGCUUAUUCACCACAAUCAGCAUGCCUUGUCUGCCAUAAUAAUGUGACUGAAAUAUCCAGCUUGGAAACAGAUUGAGAAAUGUUUCCGUUUACAUUGGCUGGCAAAUAGCUAACAAGACUUGAGCUGCUCAGAUCUAGUUGAUGUAUUGAUGACCAUUUAAAGAUAUGAGGUAUAAUGUAAGUGAUCCCUGAAAUAGUUAUUGCAUGCACUGAUCAUGCCACACAUUUGGGCAUGAAAUGGCCAACUUUUUCAGGCCGAAAGAGCCACAGACCAUGGAAACUGUGAGCUGUGGACAAAAAUCAAUAUAAGGUGUAUUUAAAUAAGUAAUGUGAAUAUAAUGUUAUGUAUAAAGAUGAUAUGGAGAAUCAGUUUUAUGCACUAUGUCAAAUUUUACUGAUGUUUACAAAUUGUCAGUAUGCAAAAAUGAUUGCCAGUUGAUUACCGAUCCUAAUUAUGACGAUGGAUUUGAAUCUCUUGCAUUUAUUGAAAUUAUGGGUUUAAUUUUUGCAGUCCACUUAAUAUGUCUCUUUAGAAAAAUCAUUCUUCAGAUGUCAUACAUGAUCAAGUCUUGGGGGCAACAUUGACAGCUUCACACAGAACUUGUCUGAGCACCUAAUUUUUGUGUCAGUAUAAUUCUCCCAUUUGGUUAGGUUUGAUUUCAUGUGCUGGUCUAAUAUUUCUUUAAUUUUAUAGAUUAAGUUCUAUUUUGUUAUUGUUAUAAUUUGUACAGGAUUUUAUAAUGUAUUAAUGCAUCACAUGUACUCCCUGCUUUGCUUUAGUCCGUGUGAAAUUGUUUUGAACAGGGAAGCAGAAAAAAAGCUCAUGUUCACUUCCCUCGUGAGGACAGUAUGGUAUGAACUGUGGAUUUCAAUAUGUCAAUGAAUAUGAUUUGAAAGAAGUAUGCAGUAUGGCAUAGUUUACAAUGUUGUCUUUGAGUUUAGAUGCCAUAUCUGUUGUUGAUUAUUGUCAAAACAAAUAGAUUCAAUUUAAAAAAAAGUAUCAACAGUUUAUAAUCAAAUAAUCUACUUUUUAACUCAGAGGGUGUGAAGCAGUUAUAUGAUAUUAUAGAAGAUAAGUCAUGUGUGUAUUUGGAGAAAGUAGAAUUAAUUUUAUAUUCUUGGUAGAGCCUGUGUCUAGGUUUAGUUUAACCUCUACCCUAGUUCUCACACACGUUGUGUAUUAUGAUGUGCAGAAAUUAUGAUUGUGCUGCAUGUCAAAUGAAUAUGUACGUUAAGGUGGCCAAUGACCAUAAAUCAAUAUCUUUUGAGUACAAAACCAGUUUCAAGACUGUUUUGACUCAUUUUCACUCACUGGUAUAAGUAAUUAUACAGCAAGUCCUCCAAGUACACCAUAAAAGUUUUCUUUCACUUUGAAACCACCAUGGCACAAUGGUCCAGAAUGACUCCCAACAUGGAUUUAUAUGGAUUUUUCUUGACCUAAUUCACUGUACUGUUGUGUUUUUCUAAAUUUGAAAUGAAUGGUUCAGUGAAACAUCAAAUGUACAACUUGAUGUAAUCAAUCAUGUCAAGAUUUAGCGCUGGACCUGUGAUGCUAAUGUUGCUAACAGUAGAAGUCAAUAGUCACCCAAAUCUUUUCUGUAAUCAUAUCCCCAAAAUCCACUCAAACCAUGUCCAGGUCUUCAGUAAGGCUGUGCAGACUUGAUAUUGUUUAGGACACCGUAUGACUUACUGUGAACAUGUAUCUAAAUGCUGUGGUCAGUCAUUUUAAACAAAGGAAUUGUACUUACUCACCUUCGCAUGCUUGCAUGUCACGCAGGAAUAUGGACGCCACAGGUUACAUUCACGGUUUCUGUUGUUCCUUUGGGCAAAUAAAUCACCAUUAAUCUUGAAUUUUCAUCUGAAGAGAAGCAUUCAGUCAUAGAUGUAAUAUAAUCUAGAGCCUAUAUGUCAGCAUGACACUUAAGAACAUGAAGGGGAGUCAGAAGUCAGUAUAGUGUCUGUUGUCUGUCCAUUGCCAAAGCUACAGAGUGACAUGUUCAUUUUUAUAGUCAUAAACCAUAUCAAGAUGUCAACACAACCCUAAUGAAGUUCUGGAUGUGGUUCGAGCUGGUUGAGAGACAUUUUGGGGAUGUAUUCAUAGAAAAGACUUGGGUGACUACUGACAUCUAGUUAGUAGCUUCAACGUUAAUUUUAUAGCUCAAGUGCUCAAAUCAAGAUGCAAAAUUUCGAAACCAAACAUUUCUCAGUUAUUUAAAAUUUCUGGAUUAAGUGGAAAAUUUAGAUUUUUUUGCCAAAUCAUUCCUUUAAAUCUCCUAUAUUUAUUUAAACUUUGACAUUUCCUUUGCCCGUUAUAAUUUCACAUUUAGAGAAGAAUGAUUUCACAUCUAACAUAAAUGUGUACAAUAUAUGAUCAAUUCCGUAUUCCUACAGCACAACAACAAGGACCAACAACAAGGAGAUUCAUCAUGAAACUGAAGUAUAGCUCAGCUUUAUGAAUGCUUUUAUUUAUAUCUACUCUUGAAAUUAAAGGACGGCCCUUAUUUUGUACCAGUUCAAGAAACCUUGACAAAAUCUCACAGUUAUUCCCGGUGUACAAAGAAGCGGCCUGUUCUUGUGCUUAUUUUUCACUGCAGACUUUGAAACCUGAAACUUCAAUGAAGAAAUUUUUUAAAGAGGAAGCACAUUGGAUUGCAAUCAGGCCACAACCUGCCUCUUACUUCUGAGCUUUGGAACUGCAGUAUUAUAAAUGACAUCAAAGUAUGCAUUAAACCCGAGACCACCAUGAAAACUUAGGUCAAGGACAUUAACAUUAACACAGCAUUAAUGUAGUGGCACACUUCGAAAUAGUAUGUGCAGUUCUAUAACCUUGAUACAUAAUGGGUUCUUGCUCAAUCACUGUUUGCAUUACUGCAUAAGCUAAGAAAUUAGCUGAUGAUCAAAUUCUUUGCAGUUCAGGCCCAUAGACUAACAUUCAGCAUGUUGCUGAAUAGGUUGCAUUUCAUUAUCAUUCGAGAACGAGUCACUUUGGGGAAUAAGUACUGUAUAAAAUGUGCCUUUUAAAGUAUUACGUGAUCUGUUGAAUACCAUAGCAAAGCCUCAUGUUUUAACCUGCUAUAGCUACAGUAGGGUCAUAAACAGUCAUUUUUGCCGUAGCCUGAUGACUUUUUUUAGUACCUUUCCGUAAAAAAAACGUAUGUAGUGUAUGUUGCAAAAGGAGCUGUCAGCCAAUUUUCGCCAUUAUGACUAUCUUAUGAAAUAAUUUAGCACAAAUUCUUUAAAUAAAUAUUCAGAUUGAUCUAUCAAUGAAGACUUCAUUAACAUUGCCUAAGUGGAUACCAAGUUAAAAACAGGACACCGAAACAGCCAGAAGGUACUCAUGCAUGCAUAAUUACUCUGAAAGUUACGGCUUCACAAAAGAGUAUGUAAAUAACAGGUAGACUUGCUUCACAUUUACAUUCAGCACAUCUAAUGACUUGAUAAUUACAUUUCGGGCAUGCAUUAAUAUUCAAAGGUUUUUUUGUUUAAUUGCUUGAAUUGUCUAAGCACUCACAUUUUUCCCUCAUUAACCUGAAAUCCACAGUUUCAGAGAUAUAAAAACUUGCACAGCAUCUGCACACUCAUCUGUGGCUUCUCUUUGCUGUAUCUAAGUAGUCAUAAAGACCUCCUGAGCUGUUACUAUUUUUAAACCACUUCAGUGCACUGGAAACAAUUCUGUAAGCCACCCCUCCAUAGUUCAUACAGUACAUAUGGUGUGAAUGAGUGAGCAGUGUUACAUGGUUUAGUACCUACAGUUGUGCUUGAAAUGGACAUUUAAUGUAUUAUACAUAUCCUACCAACUCAUAGUGAUGAAGACUGUUUGGACUGAGGUUGCCUGCUGCACACUAUUAGCUUCUUAAAAAAAGGAAAAGACAUUUUAGAUGUGUCAUGUCUUAUAGUGAGCUGAGCUGUUGCUGGCAGGACAGAAUAAAAAAAAAACACUGUCAGCUCCAUCUGGGUCUCGCCUCUCUGAGCAAGCCGUCUUUCUGCGAGUCAGUUUUCAGAGGGCUUUGUGUGUGGUCAGGAGGGGAGAUUCUUCUGACCUGGCGGUUAAUAAAGUCCUUCCUGUGCCUUUGUCAGUUUUUAGGUGGAGGAUUUUGUGGAGUGCCGGAGGGUGCUGCCUUAACCGGCUGCGGGCGCUCACUCUCCCAGCAGCACUCCGACACAUUCCGUCCUAUCAGAGAAAAUGUUAUUACUUUCCCGUGUUGCAGGUUAAAAUUCUGUCCUGUUUGAAAAAUCGCCAGUGCACUGCCAAAAUCUGAGGAAGUGAAAUCAUUUUAAAUCUAGACAAUGUAUGUAAUAUUUAUCAGUGUGAUUUUUAUUUAUCGUAUUCAACCUAUCUCACGUCUUUUACUUGUCAUUGCAAUUUCAAAAUUAUUAACAUCACUGACCCUUUUAAACUGCGUUAGUUCACAUUUCUGGUUAUGUUAAAUACAACUAAAAUUUAUUAUCAUUUAAAAGACAAAAUGAUUGAAUUCCUGCAUCCUUCCAGCAAAAUGUACUAUUACCUCUAAAUUUGACUACUUUGCUCUAAAACUGGCAAUUGCCUGCCUCUAAAACAUCAUCUGAGUUUUGAGGUCACCAACAGGCAGGGAAAAAUGACAUUAACCAAGAAUUUUUCACCUCCCCGCUUUAUCCACCCCCACCUAUUAUCAAGCAUAAUACCAUGUUUCACACAUAUGGACGGAAACUUCUUAAUGAUUCCCAGUACAUUGAUUUUGUGCUAUUUUAUCCAAGGAAAUGAUCUUACUACAUUCACAUGUAGUUUGUUUGUCUGAAAAAAUAAUGAAUGCAAAGAAAUUUUCCAGUAAAACAAGUAAGAACAAGUAAAAAUGUCUACAAAUAGCAUUCUCACAACAAUCUGAUGUUAAGAAGUAUUCAACAUAUUGGCUAGAUUUAAGAUGAUCUCCCAAUAUUUUCUGCAGUGAGUUUAGUUCUGGUCGACCCCACAGAGCAACGUAAAGAACAAACAUCUAUUAACCUUCACCAGUUCCUGAAAUCCAGCUGGUGUACCGCUUCAACCUUCAUGUGACUUUCAUAUGGUAUAGAACAUUGUGAUGACUGACUUGAAUGGCAUGAAUGUAUUUAAGUGUUUAGAUUCAUUCAUUGAUAUUCUAUUCGUCUGGAUAAUAAAGUAGCUGCCAAAUGAGAACAUGUGGCUCCUAAAGGUGUUUUUUUCUGAGUAUUUGUCACCGUGUCCCCUCAUUAUUUUCAGUGAGCUGGAAAAUAAGUUAGCCAGGCAACGAUGCAGUGUUCCUGAUAAAGCUAUACGUCCUUAACUGGGCUAUCCAAUCCUGAGCGCUGUGUGACACUGAUGAGGCCGUUUCAUUGAUGUGAAAAGCACGGGAUUAACUGCAGUUUAAAAAGAAUAGUGCAGGGCUCUACAAAAACACUCAGUGGAACUGGCAGUAUAUCUACAGUGGCAUUCUCUGUCUCUCUCUGUUGGGAUGUAUCAAGUGUUUUCACAUUAAAUGAGUAAAAUUGCAUAGAUGUAUCUAACAUUCAUAUUUACCCAAUUGCCAGUGUUUUUUCUCCUUUUUUCUUUGUUUAAGCAGGAUGAAGCAAACAACCAGUGCUGUUGUUUGGUUCACGUUAAAGAGAGCCCCACUCCAUUUUCAAAACCCCAACUGAGAGCAGGGUCUGCAUCUUAUUCACUCUUUUUUGUACAUAUGUUGAUUUGAUUUUGUAAACUUUUUUUUCCUUGAGGAUGGUGACCAUAUAAGAUGAACAGCAUAAAUAUAUCUGCAUAUCUGGGGACCCAAGUUGUUGUUUUUUUUUUAUUUGUUUGUUUUUAUUUAUUUGAUCAUGAUGCUGAAAAAUUCUGUGAUGAGAAAUUUGAAAUGGUCAUCUUUACUUAAAUGUGUAUGGAGGUACUUUAGCCACCAGGGAUAUAGUUGUAUAUUUAUAGGCUCUAGAUCACUGGAAUGACAUAUAUGGCUUUAAGUGGCAUUGAUAUAUAUUGAUAUUUGUCGAGAAAAAAAAAGAAUCAUAUACUUUAAUUACUUUAAAGCUUACAUUGUGAAUAGCACGUAUGCAAGUUCAUUUUCAUCAUGUUUGAUGUAAUUUUGUAGCAGUGGUUUGAUACUAAUAAAUGGAAGUUGAUGAUGGAACUGUGAA